AUGAAAGAACAAACUGGAGAGACAAAUUGCGGAGGCGGAUCAGAGCCGAGGAUGUGCGUUCAGCCAUUGAAUUCAAACGGGCCCUUGCGGAAGGGACGUAAACAAGGGAAAAUUCGCAGGGAGGAAUGCUCUCAGGACCUGAUUGAACAGCCGACUUUACCCAGGGUCUUACUGUUCUCGGACUCUGAGAUCAGAGGAUGGAAACUGUAUACUAUAAGGGACAGGAAAGCCAAGGCUGGGUUGGCCAAGAAGGAAGGGGCAUUGCUAGAAUCGGCACGUAAUUUAGAUCAUUCGCUGGCUGGUGCAUCUGAGGAUUGGUCUAUUGGCAUUGCGGGGUCGAUGGUUGAGGUGUUGAGGGAUGAAGUGGCUACCAAUAAUCCGCAUGGUCCUGAGGGGACGGCGAAGACUUUAGAAAACCUGUGCGGCGGGGACUCUCCCCCUUCGGUCAUCCACAUGUUUAACAUCCUCUGUUGGAAUUGUAGAGGUGCGCGUAAGAAAGAGACGGGGUUCUACUUACGGCACUUAAUUGGAACCCAUAAUGCUAGUUUUGUUGGUCUGUUGGAGACUAAAUUUGAGAAGAUUGAUCGCAAAGAUGUGGACAGAUUGGCUGGGAGAGAUUGGGAUUUCGAUUAUCAGCCUUCGAUUGGUAGAGCUGGGGGUAUCCUUGUCCUGUGGAGGAGCAGCCGUUUCUCUUUUCAGAUUUUGUUCAAAGCGGAGCAAUGUCUUAUGGGGAACAUCACGCUGGCGGAUGGGAGUUUGUGGGAUGUGCCUGUGGUUUAUGCCAGCAAAGACAGAUGCACUAGACGCACAAUGUGGGAGGAUCUUUCCACUCGCCAUCACCAGAAUCUCCCCUUGCUUGUUGGCGAGGAUUUUAAUUGUAUACUGAGCCAGGAGGAUAAAAAAGGGGGUAGGCCUUUUCUUAGCACUCCUGCCACUUGCGAUAUGGCCGAGUUUAUGGUAACAAAUGAUCUGGUUGAUCCCGGGUUUGUUGGGCCUGCGUAUACUUGGACCAAUAAUAAAGACGUGAGGAGCAGGAUAUUUUCUAGACUGGACAGAUUCCUUGUCAGCUCGGACAUCUUGGACAGGUUCCAGGAUCUGCGGGUUGAGCAUCUGACUAGGCUUGCGUCAGAUCAUUGUCCCAUUCUUUGUACGGUGCAGGAGGUUUCGAAGCGCACUUAUUCACCUUGGAUCAGAUUUGAGGAUGUCUGGUUAAGCUUUCCACAUGCUCGCCAUCUGAGCAAGGAGAAAUUCAGGCGCCUCAACCAACUUAAGCAGGAGUUGGAUUCUGAGGUUCGGACAUUGCAGGAGUUGGAAGGUAAACCUCCUGGGCUAAAUUCGGUCCAAACUGAAAGUUUGCGGUUUAAGGUGCAGCUCUUGAAUUCCACUAUUGCCCGGAUUAUGACUUGGUGGAGACAGAGGGCGAAGAAAUGGAGGGGAACGGAUAUUGUGGAACAGGGAUGGCCAUCUCUUACCAGUUAUCGGGAUUCUAUUGCUCGAUUCAUAGGGAUUUUGGAUUGUGAUGUCUCGGAGGAUGAGAUUUUGCGUGCCACAAAAUCGUUGGGACAGAACAAAGCUCCGGGGCGGGAUGGUAUCAUUGCCUCCUUCUUCAAAUUGUAUUGGGACAUUGUGGGGGAGCAGGUUGGUCGUGCCUGUGUGGAAUUCUUCAAUUCAGGUGUGAUGGACCCUUCUUGGAAGGAGACGGUUGUGGUCUUGAUUACGAAAGUUAAAAAUUUGGAUCGCCCCUCUAAGUUUAGACCCAUUAGUCUGUGUCAAACGAUCUACAAAAUUGUGGUGAAGGUCCUUGUGAAUAGACUUAAAGGGGUUUUGCCACAUAUUAUUUAUGAAGAACAAGCCACCUUUGUCCCUGGGCGUUCAAUUACGACGCACUGCUUACUUGGCCAAGAACUGAUGCAUAAAUUUAAGGUGUCCAAGGCUACAAAAGGUUUUUUUGCUAUGAAGGUGGACAUGGAACAGGCGUACGAUAAGAUGAGUUGGCAAACCUUGGAGUUGGUUAUAGAGAGGAUGGGCUUUCCCGCCAGGUUUGGGGCUUGGGUUCUCAGUUGUGUCAGAAAUCCUAAGUUCUCUAUUCUGGUUAAUGGCCAGCUUUCAAAUUGGAUUACAGCGGAGUGUGGAUUUCGCCAAGGGUGUCCGCUGUCACCAUACCUGUUUAUCCUCUGCUCGGAAUUGUUGUCUGCCCAUUUCAAGCAAAACUUCAGGGAGAUGGGAGUUCCGAUCAGCCCGGGGGGACCUCCUGUCUCCCACCUCCUUUACGCUGACGAUAUUCUCUUUUUUGCAGAUGUUACCAUGAUAAAUGCUCGGAAGACCAUGUCAAUCCUGACAGAGUACUGCUCUUGGACUGGGCAGAGAGUUAACCGGAGUAAGUCUGCGGUUCUCUUCAGCCGAUGGACCCCGACCGCUACUAAGAAGAGAAUGACUAGGAUUCUGGGUUGCUGCAAGGUUUUAGAAUUGGACUACCUGGGGCUUAAGCUGGCAACGAGGAGGCUCACCAAGGUUGAUAUUUCCCCUUUGAUCCAGAGGGCACGGGAACAUACACUUAAUUGGGGAAUCAGGCACCUCUCUAUGGCGGGGCGGAUAACGUUGAUCAAUUCUGUUCUGCUGCCGUCUUCGGUCUUCCUUAUGACUCAUACUAUUAUCCCCAAAUCGGUCCUCAAUGAUAUGGAGAGAUUAUGUCGGAGCUUUCUGUGGGAUAGGGACUCUGAGCAUAAGGGCAUGCACUACGUCGCAUGGGACAAGGUUGCUCGGCCUAGACGGAAUGGCGGGCUUGGCUUCCAUGUUUGUGCACGCUGGACUGGUGCUCUCCGGGCAUGGGUGGCCUGGAACAUCAUUGGCAAUCCUGAGGGGUUGCUACAAAGAUGCCUGGAACAUAAAUAUGGAGACGAAUUGAGAGAUUUAAACCCCCUAGGGGACACUCCAGUAGCUGGAAAAGCCAUUUCUUCGUGGCCUACUUUCUGUGAUAUCUCGGAUAUUGAAAAUCUUACAGUCUCGGAUUUCUUGAGGGAAGGCGGCAGCUGGGACUUGCCGAAGCUGCGGGAUUGCUUCGGAGAACUGCUUGUGGAUAACAUUACGCGCAUUCCUGUUGGAGAGGGAACGGAGAAGGAUUGUAUGGAGCUAAUCAAGACCCCCUUAGGCUCUACAAUUUUGUCUAUUGUCUACAACAGAAUGUUUGAUGAGGAGGAGGAUCCUAUUUGUAAGAUACUGAAGCUUGGAUUAAGGCCACGGGUGCGUUUGUUCUGGUGGCGAGUGUACAACGACAAAGUCCCCACAAAUGUCUGGCUGUGCGACCAUCACCUCCAGGUUGAUUUGUUGUGUCCUCUUGGCUGUUUGGAGGCAGAGGAUAUCGACCACAUCAUGACGAUAUGCAAUACAUUGAGGAUCAUCCUGGAUGUCUUGGCCGGCUGGGGCAUCCUUAUGCCUCGGUUCUCUUCCUUCUGGGACCUUCAGACGGAGCUUUCAAGGGCUGGCAAUGCACAUGAUGAUUGGAAAAAGCAUGGCAAGGGCUCCUUCCCCCCUAAAACGACGGCGGCUAAUGUUCUUGAGGUACUUAACCAGAAUUUUUUUUCUCCUCCCCUGGAGCAACCGGAUGUCUUCCAAUCUGCUAGAUUGUUGUCGUCUUCCUCGUGGUGUCCCCCCCCUCCAGGAUGGUGGAAGAUCAAUUUGGAUGGUGCGCUCAGAAGGUCGAAUGUUGGGGGAAUUGGCAUUGUCAUUCGGGAUGAUAAGGGUCUUCUCAUUUCGGCGGCUAGUUGGGGAAUUGCCCACUGGGACAGCACACAAGUGGAGCUCUUGGCGUUUCGGUAUAUUAACGAGUUAGUUCUUGACUGGAUGAAUGAUGUGGAGGGGGUUAUUGUUGAGGGUGAUAAUGCCAGUACAUUUUCGAGCGUCAGACCUGGAAAAGACGACCUGGUAUAUCCUAUUUCACUUCGCUACGCUCGCAUGGAACUUCGAGACGUCUACGCCUCAUCACUCCCUGUCUCGGCUUACUGCGGCCUCGAUAAGAUCUGGAUACUGAAGGUGCUGGAUGUCCUUGAUGUUAAUGAUUGCUACUUGUCUCUUCCUUCAACAAUGUACUUCGAGAUGAUGGAUGCUGAAGUGAUAGGGCGCGAGUUUACUCCUUCUGGAGAAGUUAACGCGCUUUGGGAUUGGCGAUUCCUCUCCCGGAAGCCCACCAUAUCGUUCUAUGGCUGCUGA